AUGCACAUGUUUUCAAAUGGAUACGUAUCAGAAUCCAACAGAGUAAACGACACGUCAGUGAAACUUGACAUUCAGUGUGUGGGAGCAGGACCAAAUGAAGCAGAGGAUCUGUUUUGUAUGGAAAGACCCCAAUAUCUGUUGGACUUUAAGAACCCCUGCUGGUACGCGAAAGAGGAUGGGAAGUUACGUCUCAGGUGCAUCCCUUACUUCCAUAUUCUGGGGGUGUGCAAGUCGGGGACCACCGACCUCGCCUACCGCAUAAAGACCCAUGAAGACGUCUUUCUGGAACAGAAGGAAAUCCAUUACUGGUGCUGUAGAAAAUAUGGUUCUAAACAACUUUUAAACAUGAAAGUGGAGACACCAUGCAACUUCAGCUGCUAUCAACAAAGGUUUGAUACUGCUACAAAACGAAUAAAAGAGACAAGUACAGAAACAGGCUACCACAACAUGAUCACAGGUGAAGCAACCCCGGCCGAUUUUCAAAAUUUCCUUGGAUGGCCAAAAAUACCACAAAAUGUAGGUUUAGAGAAACCAGUGGUUCUGACACCCCAUCUCAUGAGACACGUGUAUACAGAUCCGAAGUUUAUUCUCAUCUUUAGAAAUCCAACUGAUCGGUUAUAUUCUGACUAUAUGAUGCGGAACGGACGGUCAGCUGAGGAUUUCCAUGAAGCUGUGAGAAGAGAUAUUCAGAUCGAGGAGACCUGCAUGAAGAACCACACGGUGGUACAUUGUCUGUACAGCCUGGAGAUAGCACGAAGACUUCAGACUUACAUUUUCUUUGGGUGCUAUUCAGUGUACAUGCGAGAAUGGCUGAAGGUUUUUCCAAGAGAGCAAUUCCUGAUCUUGCGAACAGAGGACCACAAUCAGGAUUCAAAAGCUCAGCUGAGAAAAGUGUACAACUAUUUGAAACUAAAAUAUACUGAAGAGUGGUUGUCUUACAUCGCCAGUGUGCCUCAUCGCAAUGUCAGCAAGAAGAAGAAAAGUGAAGGACCUAUGCUUAAAAAGACCCGUGUCUUACUCGACACAUUUUACAGCAGAUACAAUCGGGAUUUGGCAGAUAUACUACAGGACAGGAAGUUUCUGUGGCUGACUUGAUAUCUGCCAUGGAAUGCGGGGAUAUAACCUACAAGCAAACAGUUCAUACCAAUAUUCCCUUCAAACAUUUGUUUCUAGUUCAUUUUUAUCAUAAUUGAUAUUUACAGUCGAUAUUUUGAGAUUAUUACCCACAUGGUAAAGAUACAGGUGGUAAGAUACUGUCGUAACUGCUUUCGGGUGUCAAGUGGGACCCUACUACAGUUAUUGAAAGUAUUGCUGUUGUUCCUGGUCAUCAUGGUCAGUUAAACCAUGACUUUGCAACUCGCCUUGUGAGCUCAGCCAAGGAGUGAUUGGUCUAACGACGCUUACUCCCAAGUUGUCUCCAUCAACAUUCAUACUCGCAUAAUAAAGAAACG